CUGUACGGCGCGUGCGACUCCCGCGCGGCCACCUCCGCAGCCUCCCUCAGGCGCGCCUCUAGGUCGCCGCUGGCUUGUACCUCUCGCCACCCGGUCAAGAGCUCGACGGUGCCGCUCCCUCACCGUCCCUAUCUAGCUCUUGGUCGCCGCUCCCUCACCCGCUGACGCGCUCCUCCAAGUCGCCUGCCGUGCGUGCUCCUCCAAGAUCCGCCGCUCUCUCUCUCCCACCUCACUCCUCUGCCGCAGCCCAAGAUCCCACCCUGCUUGACCGCCUUCGACCACGCCGCUGCCGCCCAAGCCGCGGGCUGGUUGCUCCGAUUGGGAGUGCCAAUCGGAGCCAACAGCAGGGGAAGCACAUGCUGCCGUUCGUCCUAGAGUUCCUCUGCUCUGCUAGUAGUGUGUAGUAAGGAAAAAGAAGAAGAAAUCAAGGAGCAAGGAGUAGGGAGCUGCUCUGCUCUGUUAUGUUCUUGCAAGAAACGACGGUGAUUCUGCACAGAGGAAGAAAUCAAGGAGCAAGGAGAAGCGAUGGCUUCCUCGAGCGGGAGCGGGAGCGGCAGCUCGGGCUCGCUCUCCGCGACCCUCGCGGCCGCCGCGGGCACGGAGGAGGAGCUGCGCGCUCAUGGAGCAGCGUUGCGCCAAGCGGAUCUCUCCAACCGCGAGUCUGCGCGCCGCUCGCGGAUGCGCAAUCAGCGCCACCUCGACGACCUCACCGCGCAGGCCGCGCACCUGCGCCGCGAGAACGCGCACGUCGCCACCGCGCUCGGCCUCACCACGCACGGCCUCCUCGCCGUCGACGCCAAGAACGCCAUCUUCCGCACCCAGGCCGCGGAGCUCGCCGCGCGGCUCGCCUCCCUCAACGACAUCCUCGCCUGCAUGAACACCAACGCCGCCGCCGUCGCUGCGGCCCGUGCUGCGCCGGUCCUCUGCGCGGGUCCUUGUCGUCUUCCUCUGUGCGGUCCUUGUGUCUGCGGAGCUCCUCGCGAGAUCCGCCCUCACGCAGCCCCGAGCUCGCCACCAUGGCCCGAGCCCGCCCCUGGUCCUUGCGCCAUGGCGUGCAGGGAGGGGCGGCGCGCGCAAGGAGGGCGGCCGCGCAGGGAGGGGCGGCGCGGAGGCCAGCGUCGCGAGCAGGAAGGAGAAGCCGAUUCGUUUAUUGGAAAUGGGUGGCCUCUAUUUCCAGGGACUUGGGCCUUCAAUUUGGAGGCCCAUGCAAAAUGGGAGUCCAAAUAAGGCCUCCAUUGGAGUUGAGUUUUAAUCCAAAACUCAUAAAAAAUGGGAUGGGGGCCUGUUUGGAGACUUGGGCUGGAGAUGCUCUAAGCUUGCACAUCUUAUAAAUCUUAGACACACGGUAACUUGUGAUAAUGUGAGUGGUAGCAUUUCAGGUGCUUUCCAGAAAGCAGCAAUGAACUUGCCUUCUCUCUCUCCGCGCCUGCAUCAAAAGCAAGAAAAAUGAAGUAAAUAAUGCAAAUGCUUCAC